UUCGCCCGAUUUUUUUUCAUACUAUCUUUUUAUUCUUAGUAUUAAUUGGUUACUGUCUCUUUGGUUUCAUCUGCCUUUCAUCAAAAUUAAACUUGCCUCAUCUUCCAUUGCUUUUUACCAUGUCCCACUACAAAAUUGCUGAUAUCUCCUUAGCUGCCUUUGGUAGAAAGGAAAUUGAAUUGUCCGAACAUGAAAUGCCUGGUUUGAUGGAAAUCAGAAAGAAGUACGCUGCUUCUCAACCUUUAAAGGGCGCAAGAAUUGCUGGUUGUCUUCAUAUGACAAUUCAAACUGCAGUCUUGAUUGAAACUUUAGUUGCUUUAGGUGCCGAAGUUACCUGGACCUCCUGUAACAUUUUUUCAACUCAAGAUCACGCAGCAGCAGCAAUUGCUGCCACUGGUGUUCCAGUUUUUGCCUGGAAGGGUGAAACUGAAGAAGAAUACCUUUGGUGUAUUGAACAACAACUUUUCUCCUUCAAAGAUGGAAAGAAAUUGAACUUGAUCUUAGAUGAUGGUGGAGAUUUAACUUCUCUCGUUCAUGAAAAAUACCCUGAAAUGUUAGAAGGUUGUUAUGGUUUAUCUGAAGAAACCACCACUGGGGUUCACCAUUUAUAUAAGAUGGUCAAGGAUGGUAAAUUAAAGGUUCCUGCCAUUAACGUCAAUGAUUCAUGCACCAAAUCUAAAUUUGAUAAUUUAUACGGUUGCAGAGAAUCUUUAAUUGAUGGUAUCAAAAGAGCAACUGAUGUCAUGAUUGCCGGUAAAGUCGCCGUUGUUUGUGGUUUUGGUGAUGUCGGUAAAGGUUGUGCCAUGGCUCUUAGAGGUAUGGGAGCUAGAGUCAUCAUCACUGAAAUUGAUCCAAUCAAUGCUUUGCAAGCUGCUGUUUCUGGUUAUCAAGUUUCUCCAUUGGAAGAAGUUACCUCAAUUGGUCAAAUUUUUGUCACAACUACUGGUUGCAGAGAUAUCAUCACUGCAGAACACUUUUUAAAAAUGCCUGAAGAUGCAAUUGUUUGUAACAUUGGUCAUUUCGAUAUUGAAAUUGAUGUCGCUUGGAUUAAAGCAAACAAUGUUGAACACGUUAACAUCAAACCACAAGUUGAUCGUUAUCUUUUAGAGUCUGGUAAACAUGUUAUCUUAUUAGCUGAAGGUAGAUUGGUCAACCUUGGUUGUGGUACUGGUCACUCUUCAUUUGUCAUGUCCUGUUCUUUUAGUAAUCAAGUUUUAGCUCAAAUUGCUUUAUUUAAUGCCAAUAACAAAGAGUUUAGAGAAAAAUUUGUUGAAUUUGAAAAAACUGGUCCAUUUGAUGUUGAUGUUUAUGUUUUACCUAAAAUUUUGGAUGAGACUGUUGCCAGAUUACACUUGGAUCAUUUAGGAGCUAGAUUGACCAAAUUGACCACCAAACAAAGUGAUUACUUGGGUGUUCCAGCUGAAGGUCCAUUCAAACCAGACACUUACCGUUAUUAGAGCUCUCUUUACUUAUCAUUUUUUUAAAUUGAUCAGUAUUAGUAUAUUUUAACCAAUUUUUUUAUUUUUUUGCAUCAACUGCAUCUUUCUUACUAUUAUUAUUAUUAUUAUUAUUAUUAUUAUUGAAACUUGGUUUACUUCACUUAUGUUAUUUUUUUUAUCCUAAAAUUUGUUUAUUUAGUUCAACAGCAUGAUUUUCUUAAUGAUCAUUUUUAUCAUUUUUAUCUGUUUUAAUAAUUCAACUUAGAUUUUUUUGUAAUGUUAGUACUAAUCUUACUAUUUAU